AUGGAGAGCCCAACCGUGCAGCCAUACGUUGACGUGGACAAGGGGUUUGCCAUUGGGUUUGUCAUCCUGAUGUGCUUCUUCCUGAUGGCCAUGAUCGUGAGGUGCGCCAAGCUUAUUGUGGACCCGUACAGCGCCAUCCCCACCUCCACGUGGGAGGAAGAGCAGAUCAAUUGA